AUGAGGUUUGGCAAGAAGGGUAAACUUAGCCCACGGUAUAUUGGGCCUUAUAGGAUCAUUCGGAAAGUGGGCCAGGUAGCUUAUGAGUUAGAAUUGCCCUCGAAGUUGGAGUCUGUCCAUCCGGUUUUUCACAUAUCUAUGUUACGGAAGUACAUUGGCGAUCCUACCCGAGUGGUACCCACGGAUGAUGUACAGAUUACAGAGGACUUGUCAUAUAAGGAAAUUCCGGUUGCCAUCUUAGACCGACAAACCCGCAAGCUGCGAAAUAAGGAGGUAGCCUUCGUGAAAGUACUUUGGAGGAACAAGAAUGUGGAAGAAAUAACUUGGGAGGUCGAGGAAAACAUGAAGUCUUGA